GCUCAUUUAACCUGCAGCAGCUGAGCGGUACGGACUGAACCUCCUUCUACAAAAGAGACAAACAAAUAAAGAAGAAAAACAACAAGAAAUAUUCAAUCUUUUAUCACCGGAGACAAAAACGACUGAAUCAUGAUGGAGAAAUCUAACAGCCAGUACGACUCCUUCCUCUACUGGAGGCAGCCAAUCCCAGCGCUCGACCUGUCCGAGCUGGAGGACCUGGGACUGACCGACUGCCAGCCGAGCAAUAGCAGCAAAGGAAAAGACAAGUCGUCCUCACUGAGGGGUCAGGAUGAGGAGGGCGCCCUGUCCGAGUUUUCCUCCUUCAACUAUUGGAGAGCUCCGAUUGCUGACAUCGAUACUCUACUCGCUGACCUUAACCUGCUGCUGUGAGACUGAAGAGCACCUGAAAUCACCUGACCUUUGACCCUGGAUCAGUCCCUGCAGGUCUCCACAAACAUGAGGAAAAUCUGUUUGCCAAAAUAAGAGUUUCGCUUUGACACUACAAGUUUUCUCUCUGAUCCUGCUUCAGAUUUAGUUUUCAGUCAUGUUUUCAUUCCCGCUGACUCCGGCUCCCUCUCCCUGUGUUUUUAUAACUGUUUCUGAGAAGCUGAUCAUUGAUGACUCUGAUCAUUUCCCUUUUAACCUCUAACACUUCGGAUGCAGAUGUUGUUUUCACUCUGACCAGGUAGGAGCAGGUUUGAGAGGAAAGUGUCGUCUGUAGGUGAUGUUAGGAUCAGCUUUGGUGAUGAGAGGGAUUAGGACAUGUUAGACUGUGCAUAUGUGGCGUUUAUAUUCCACUGAGAUAAUUGAACUGAUUGAUCGUCUCAUUAAAACCAUGAUCAGUGAUCGUUUCAGUUCAGAUUCAUACAGGAAGUACUCAGUGCUUCCAGGGAUCUGAUUGGUCGACAGAAAUCAGCUUCAAGAAAUGACUAAACACUGACCGCUACUAAAGCUCUAAUCUGGCAUCAGCUGUGAGUUUAAACCAUUUUAAUCUAAAUCUGAAUCCAGAAUGUGUUCACACCGGCAUGAUGAACCAGAUUCAAACUGACAGCAUCCCAGUGUGAUUAAAUAAGGAGACUAAUCCCUUCAGAGUAUGGAGAAAAUGUUACAAACACUGUUUUAAUCUGCUGUUGAUCAUUCAGUUUGUGAGAAAAUGUCUCUGUACGGAAGCCUGAAAAGGACAUACAGCCGUACUUUAUUGUGACUCCUUUUUCUUGUGGUAUCAGAUCAAUUUGGAGUGUUUUCUUUAGAUCUCAACUUAUUUCACUGGAAAACUGGCGCAGUUAUCAAGAAUUAGGUUGAAAUCUCUCGAAAUAAAACCAAAACGUUUUGAUUAUCAGGGGAAAACUGAGUAAAAAAUUAAAGGGUGUAUGUCCAUUAAGGGCUUCCAUAUUCUUGUCGCAUUGGUUCAUUAUUUAUUUAGAAGAGAUUACAUAUUUUACGUUUCCAUCUGUGCCUUUUUGUUCCUUUAUCCUGAGCUGCUUCAUUGACUGUCACAUUGGAUUCAUCAAUGAUUUAUUUAUUAAUGUAUUUAUUUAUUUCUCAUGCUGUGUCACUGAGCAGGCCUCAAACUGGAGCCACAGGAGGAAAAAAUAAAAGUUCACCUCGUCCUGUCAGAAUGUAGAGUACACCUGUUUACCUGUGCUGAUAUGCAUCUGCCAACCAGUCAAUAAAAGUUCUCAAUUUUGA